AUGGCGGCGAAAUCCGAUGGCGGUGGCGUGGGGGUGGGCUUCGCCCAGCUGCACAACCUGGACGAGGCGGUGGGCAGCGGCGGCGAGGAGGACGGGGAGCCCGGGGGAGGCGGCUGCGGCGGCGGCGGCGACGGCAGCGAGCCCGGCGAGAGCAGCUCGCUGCACAUCUGCCACUGCUGCAACACCUCCUCGUGCUACUGGGGCUGCCGCUCCGCCUGCCUGCGCUCCCUCCUGGGCAGGAAGCCGCGCCGCAGCGCCGCCGCCGCCGACGGGGGGGACCAGCCGCUGCAGCCGCCCGCGGCCGCCGGCGCGGACCAGCAGCCCCCGACGCCCGCCGCCCGGCCGCCGCCGCCGCCGCCGCCGCCGCAGGUGGAGCGGCCGUGGCUCGACUGCCUGUGGAUCGUGCUGGCGCUGCUCGUCUUCUUCGGGGACGUGGGCACCGACCUGUGGCUGGCCCUCGACUACUACCGCAAGGGGGACUACGGCUUCUUCGGGCUGACCCUCUUCUUCGUGCUGGUGCCGUCGCUGCUGGUGCAGAGCCUGAGCUUCCGCUGGUUCGUGCAGGACUACACGGGCGGCGGGCUGGGCGCCGUGGAGGGGCUCAGCAGCCGGGGCCCCCCCAUGAUGGGGGCCGGCUACGGCCACGGCGCGGCCCGCGGCGGCCCGGGGGCCUCGGCCACGCCGGGGGCGCAGCGCCUGUGCCGCCUGUCCGUGUGGAUCUGGCAGUCGGUCAUCCACCUGCUGCAGAUGGGGCAGGUGUGGAGCUCUAAGCGAAAGACAUGAGGCCUAAGACUGAGAUGAGUUUGUUUUGAGGCCAUCUGAUUUCUGACUAGAAGGUGUGCGAUCGCCUCGUCCUGAAACCACUGCAAACAGAAUGAUGUAAAGUCCUGUGAAGAAUGUUAGUGGUGUCAGUUAACUCUGCUUUAAUUAUCACAGGUUUGCAAUUUUUUUUGGUGAUGGCAUGUUCAGAAUCUUGGAUCCCUAAGUUGAGUGUGUUGGAAAUAUUUAGGAACUCUGGAAAUUAUUGCUUUGUGUAUAUAAUGACUUACUAGGACAAUCAGUAGCUUUAAUAAAAAAAAAGUCUAUAGAAGAACAGAUACUAUAAUUUUGUGUUUCUCAGUUGACAUGCAUGUCUCAAAUUCUCAUCUACCAGUAUUAGUGUCAUUCUCUGGAGAUAGUUAUAGUUUGAAGAUUUGGGGGCUGCCAUGUUUUCCCAGGCAGGUUAUGUCAUCCUCCCAUGCUGUGUUGGUCAGCUCCUUUUCCUUUCUAUCUACCUUGCAGGGUAGCUUACUUAGACCAGAGGUAAUUAAUGAUCAGGAGGAGACAAGUGACAGUCCUAUGAAUAGUCAUUAUAGAAUUUCAGCCUGGAAAUGACCUCAGAAUGGUCUGUAUUAGAAUAUGCAGAUUUUAUCCAAAUACACUUGUGACCAAAUGCUGCUGAUUUUUGAAUUGGAUAUUAUUAUAUAGGACAGAAGUGCUAAUGAGGAAAAAGAGUUGUUCCCUCUCUCCCCUAUUGUUGGGUGCAUGAAUCAGUGCGAAGUAAAAUGACCAAGAGAUAGUAUUAGUAUAAAAGGGAAGGAGGAAAAACAAAACUUUGAAUCUCCAAGAAGGAAUACUUCCCCUUAAAAAUUUGCAAGUUAGCUCUAUUCCACGUACCUGAACACACUAUUUUAAAACCAUAAACUCAUUUUCAUGUAGACCCAGAAUAUGAACUCUAGGGUAUGCUUGACCAGAGGAGUACCUGGAGAACUUGUUAUUUGACAGGAGAAUCAGGCAGUACCUGGGUGAGUCCAUGGUUGACUGCUGGGAUGAAGAGAUUUGAGGAACUUUGUGGAGGCAGUUUUUUUUGAUAGUCAAAUACAACAGCCUCCUUACACCUCUGACCAAAAUUGGGGAAAGAUUGCUUUUUAAGACUGUCUUUAGAACAACUUGAAAGAGGAGAAUUCAUUCAAGGAACUAUAGAGACUGGUAGCUCAGUAGAAUGUUAAUGUAUUUGUUUAUUGCAAGUUUUAUUAUUGGUAGAUUAUCCAAUAAUGUGAAAGUUUGUGUAUAACCAAAGUUUUCAUAACAUUUCUAUUAGAAGGCUUCUAGAAGCUAAAUAAGAUACCCUGUAGCAUAACCCUCACCCCUUUGCUUUAAGAAGAUUUGACUGAUAUAUAUUUAAUAGAUGGCACAACGAAAACAUGAGAUUUUUAAAAAUCAAAUUACAUUUUAAUUUAAAUGUGCAUUGCCUAUUUGCUGCUAGCUUUUUAAAAACCCUGCUUCUGUGAUACUUUUGUCAAUAGAGGUGUUUCCUCUAAGACAAUUCCAGCCACAAUAUUGACUGGGCCUCGGCAUUUGAUAUACCCAAAAGGAAUAAGGCAGACAGAAAAAAAACUUGGUCUCUACUGGAAUGAAUAUUUUAAAAGCCUUCUUAAAUUCUGAACACUUUGCGUACAAAGGAAAGAGACCCAAGAGAGGGAAAAAGUUAAGAGCCCAAGAAUAAAAAAUGGUGGUGAGGAUGGGGGAUAUACUCUUACAUAGUUAACCUAAGGUGUGAGGGAAAUUAAGUUCCUGGAGAGAUUAUGAGGCUUUAUAUGAAAUCCCUGGGACAGCAGACAUUCUAAUAUUCAGUUGGGUAGUUCACACUAGCAUGCAGUAGUAUUUUAAGGCUAGUGACAGUUGAUCUGGGGAAAUAUUAGUGUGUUUCUUAACAGUGAGUUUGACUUUUAUUUUAGCAUGUUAUAAAUGGGUGUGCAGCUCAAAGAUGAACAUCAUUCAAAAUAAGUGUCUUCAAUAUUAGAGAAAAUAUUAUUAAAAAAGGAUCUUUUGUCCCUGUUGUAUAACUUUAGAAAGUAAUGUAGAAUACAGAGCAUAAUAGAGAAGUGAUGGCAUGAAUGUAAUCAGUAUUUGAUGGUUGCUUUCUAGAAACUUCUAAAUAAAACGUGACUUUUGUUUAAUGUUGUCCUUAGUUGUACUGUAACAGAAUUUUAGUGGGAAAAUCUGUACCUUCAUGGGUCACCAUAUUCCAUAGUCUGGCACAUCACUGUGAAAGUUUAGAAGUCUGACUCAGUUUCCCCGAGGAGGAACAGAGUGUUGUAAAUUUUUGUACAGUAAGUACAUAGGGACCCACAGAGAAAGUGAGCCUAGAACAAUGAAUGGUUCUUUGUAUUUUGGUACCUUUAGACCCCUUAAUAAACGAGGGUAACUUUCCCCAACAAGACUGUAAUUUCUGAGGGUAGAGAGACUGCCCUGGUUGUCAGGUCAGGAAGCCCUGAUCUAAAAUAUCAUCUUCAUUUUUCUUCUGACCUUGCUUUGACUUUAUUGUCAUUCUGUCAGGGGUUCUCUGUGGCCUUUGAAGGGAGCUUCAAAUCUUGAAGGAUGUUUAUACUGCCUUGUUCCAUUGAACUGAAGCCACAAGUCCAGAGCUUUGUAAUAUAACGGAGCAAACCUUGACUACAAAGAGCUGCCCCACAAGUACAGUGGUAAAAAUAGAGCUGAGGCUCAAAAGUAUGGCACAGCCUUCUAGGUAGUACCUGCUUCCUGCCGGUGUAGGGGCGUUUACUCCAUAGUAAGUUGAGUAUUGAUGUUUUGUUUUUUAAAUGGACAUAUUUCUUCUAAAAUCCCUAAUUAUUAUAAAAGUUUUCUACCUAAGUCUCCCCUUUUUUUCUCAUAUGUUAGGAUGUCACAUUAAUGGUAUAAAAUGUGUAUUUCCAAUUAACAUAGUAACUGGGAACUUGCGAUUCUGUAACUUUGUGACUCUGAAAUUUAUAACACAUUCUCAGGAAAAUUGUUGAGAUUCCCAGAUAAUUCCUUCUCCAUUCCUUUCAAGUUCCUGAAUGUAUGAUUGUUUCCGAACCUUAUUAAGCCAUUUAUAAGAUUAGGCAAAACUGUCUUCGGUUCUAUUUUGACGCAGAAUGGAUACAUUUGAUUUAUCUUAUUAGAAAUGUGUUUUGACAGAAAAUUCUAUUUGAAUGGCUCUAAUCUUCACUUUGGAAUCUCAGAUCCCCUGCUUGUUAUGUUGUUCAUUGUGACUUUCCUGCCAAAAACAGCUUUGCUGAGAAGAUCAUCCUUGAAAAAUGAAGAAAUCUGAAGAAACUGAUUUGGGGAUUGAGUAAACAGAUGGAAGAGCACAGUCAGAUUGACAACUGCAGCACACUUUGGAAACAUCGUAGACUGCAUUGCUUUUGUACAUGAAACAAUUUGACUGUUUUAUGGCCUGGACCUAUAGAGCAAGAAAACCACCUCAUGAAAUGUAUCUUUGCCAUAAGAGAGCAUACUCUGGCCUCUAAAACCUUUCUGUCAGAACAGCCUGCUGGUGACUAGCUCACACUGAUGGAGAGAGCCCAGGGCUUUGCACAGGACUGGAAGUUAGACGUCAUGUUCUGGACUCAAAGGUGUUUGUAAAUUUCCCCUGGGAAUAUAGUGUUGGGGGCUUUUUUUUUUUUUUUUUUUUUUUUUUUUUUGGGAGGGGGGCUUUUUUAGCACCUGUCUCCCCCAUGCUUUGCAUGUCUCCCGAGAAAGGCACCCGAGCCCAUCUGUGCCCCGAUUCUUGUUCCCUGGCCAUCCGUUUCUGCACCAUUGACUUAAAGGUGGGGGAAAUGUGGAGCAUACAGGAUUCCAGCAUCCUGUUAAAUCCAUCCCGCUUAAUCCCUCCCAGGCAAUUGUAUUGCAUUUCCUUUUCAGCCUUUCUCAAUGUUGCCUAAGUUUGAGCCCCUUGAUUAGGUCAAGAUAGAAUGAAAACCCCACCAUUUCAGGCUUCUUCCUUCCCGUUGCCAUGUUUUGUCUGGCCCGUAAUGGGAGGUUUGCAAGUCAGCUUACUGUAAAAGAGUCCACUUAUGUCCUUUGCUCUCCAUCUCCCUUCCUGCACGUUCUGGUCUAGAAAUAAAGCAGAUCUAGACUUGGGGAUUUGGGCUGUGCAAAGUGUGCCUAUAGAAAUUCACAGCACUGUAUUUAGAGCUGCGGUGUUGACUGUCGUCUCCUUUGUACCUCUGCCCUGUGCUGGGCACUCUGUUGGGUGUGGGGGCCCUCUUCCUCUCCAGCAGCUGACUCUCUUGAAGCCAGGAGUAGACCUCAUGGUGCCAUAGGUACAGAGAAAACCACAGCUGACCUCUGUGAGAGCUUCCUAGUUCUGGGGUCAUGAGUUCAUGAGGCCAAGUUACCAAGAUCUUUGUGUCCUGCCCUGGACCCUAGUCAAAGCUGGGCACAUGCAGAGAAAGUCAUCAUGUCAAUAGGAUUUUGAAAGCAAGACUUGUCCAAAAAUAGACCACAUUUCAGGGUAACCAUGAAUCCACAUUGACUGUCCUGGUAUGUCUUACUUUAAACAAAAUAAAGAGUAUCUCUUAAAAACACUACCAAAUUACCGUGAUGUGCAAAAUGUGAUAUUACUCCAAAAAUAAUUUUUACAAGUGGCUUUCAGAAACGUGCAAAUGUAUUUUGUGUAAAAGAGUAUAUACUGUGUGUAACAAUUUUCUGAUUCUUGCUCUAAUAAAUAUUAAACUUAA